AUGACAGUAGAAGAGGCAGGGAAUGAACUGAAUACAGAUGAACUGACUGGUAGAAGAAAUGACACUUCACUGCAAGAUACAGCUACUAUCACCGCGGCUAUAAGAGAUGUAGAAGAAGAAGAUAUGACAAUGAGAGCAGUGCUACUGCAGCUUAUUGACAUCACUGUCUCUGUCUUCAAUCUGGCUUUCUUGACAGUCAUGAAGACCGCAGCUGCAUCAUGA